AUGGUCUUCCCCUUGCAGCGCAAGGCGGAUGUCCCUGCUGUCCUGAUCCCUUGGAUCCGCGCUGUUCAUCUCCAGCUCCGCGAGCGGUUUGAGCGGGACUUUCCUGUCUUGCGUCUGCACUCUGAUAGAGGUGGUGAGUUCACCUCCGACCUCUUGCGAGCCUUCUGUGAGGAGCACGGCAUCACCCAGUCGUUCACGCUUCCGGCCUCUCUGCAGCAGAAUGGGGUUGCUGAGCGCCGCAUUGGCUUAGUCAUGGAGGUUGCUCGUACCUCCAUGAUCCAUGCAGCGGCUCCCAAUUUUCUGUGGCCGUUUGCGGUCCGGUACGCCGCACAUCAGCUCAACCUCUGGCCCCGUGUCUCCUUGCCGGAGACCUCGCCCACACUGUUGUGGACGGGGGAGGUUGGCGAUGCAUCGCGUUUCCGUCUCUGGGGUGCUCGUGCCUUUGUCCGCGAUCUCACCGCGGACAAGCUCUCUGCCCGCGCCAUUCCCUGCGUCUUCCUUGGUUUUCCCCCUGACACGCCUGGCUGGCAGUUUUACGACCCCACCUCGCGCCGUGUCUUUGCGUCUCAGGACGUCACCUUUGACGAGUCCGUCCCCUUUUACCGUCUCUUUCCCUACCGCACUGCCCCUCGCCCCCCCCCGCCGCUCUUUCUCGCUCCAGGUCCUUCCCAGGUAGACCCCCUCCCCGCGCCAGGUCCUACUCCUUCAGGUGUUUCUCAGGUAGAUCCUCCUGUGCCUGUGCCUGUUGAGGUCACUGGUGACUCAGGUCCUGCUGGGGGUGGUCCUGCUCGGGGUGCUGUCUCUGGGGGUGCUGAGCCUGGGGGUGCGGAGCCUGAGCGAGAGGAGCCUGGGGGUGCUGAGCCUGGGGGUGCCGAGUCUGAGGGUGCUGAGCCUGCGCGUGAGGGGCCUGAGGGCGCGGAGCCUGGAGGUACUGAGCCUGAGCGUGAGGAGCCUGGGGGUGCUGAGUCUGGGGGUGCGGCGCCUGAGGGUACUGCGACUGCUGGUGCGCGGUCUCCUUGGAGUGGCCGCCUUCGUCUGUGUACGCCUCUCACCUCACAGCAGCUGCACGAGUGGUACGGUCGCCGUCAGGGUCGCGCUGCUGGAGCUCGGGGCUCUACUGCUGGAGGUACUUCUGCUGACGUCACUGGAGCUAGGAGUGGUGCUGGUUCUUUGCCUGCUGGAGGUGCUGAGCCUGGAGGUGCUGAGCCUGUGCGUGAGGAGACUGGAGGUGCUGUGCCUGGGGGUGCUGCGUCCGGGGGUGCUGAGCCCGAGAGUGCUGAGUCUGGGGGUGCGGCACCGGCAGGUACAGAGACUGCUGGUGCGCGGUCUCCUUGGAGUAGCCGCCUUCGUCCGCGUGCGCCUCUCUCCCCGCAGCAGCUGCACGAGUGGUACACUCGCCGUCAGGGUCGCGCUGCUGGAGCUCGGGGCUCUACCGCUGGAGGUGUUUCUGCUGUCGUCGCUGGAGCUGGGAGUGGUGCUGUGUCUACAGGAGGUGCUGGAGUCGCUGGUCCCGGAGCUGCUCGUACUGGAGGUACUGGAGCUGCUGGGGCUGGAGGUGCUGCGUCUGUGGGUGGUGCUGCUGGAGACACUGAGGCUGGAGACCCUGGGUUUGGAGGUGUCGGUUCUGGGGGUGCUGCUGCUGGAGACACUGAGGCUGGAGACCCUAGGACUGGAGGUGCUGGUUCUGGGGGUGCUGCUGCUGGUGGUGCUGGCGCUGGAGGUUCUGGAGCUGCUGGAGGUUCUAGAGCUGCUGGAGGUGCUGGAGGCACUGGAGCUGCUGGAGCUGCUGGUGCUGGUGCAGCUGCGUCGAUUCGACUUUUCUUCGCUCCGCCGUCUCCGUCGUCUCUGCCGCCGCCUGACUCUGUUCUUUGCCAGGUUAUUACCCUUCCGUCGUCUACUGGUCUUCCGUUACUGCCUGGCUCACCGCUCCCUGCUCCUCCUCCUUACACUAAGCAGCUCAGUGGUCUUGCUGAGCGUCGUGAGCCUGCGUCGCGUCCUGUCUCGCCUGUUCGUCCUGGUCGUUCCGGUCGUCGUGUUCCUCGUUCGCGUCAGCCGGCUGUCCCCGGUACACACCUCGUAGUCCGUCUUCUUUCGUCUGCUCCGAAGCCCGUUCCUCUACCGUCUCCCCCUGCGUCCUCUCUGCCUGACGUUGCGGACCCUGAGUCUGACCGGUUUCGUGCUGCACACCCUACUGUCACGCGUCUGUUAGCCACUGUUGUCACUGACUCGUCGUUUGAGUCUACUGCUACGUCUGCCUUGUCUGUCUGUCCUCCGUCCGUCGGGGGUGAGUGUGCUCUUGGCACGGACGUCCUUGAGGACAGGCAUGAGGACCUUGAGUGUCUUGCAGCCGCUGCGCCUCAUCUCGUGGCCAUGCUGCUUGCCCCUGAGGGAGACCCAGGUGCAACAGACAUCCCGACCCCGCGCUCUUACGCUGAGGUGAUCGCGGGUGAGUACUCCUCUCAGUGGCAGACAGCCAUGGACGCAGAGGUGGCAUCCUGGAAGUCCACAGGCACUUACGUCGAUGAGGUUCCCCCUCCUGGGGCGAACAUCGUCGAUGGCAUGUGGAUUUUCAGGGUGAAGCGGCCGCCGGGUUCUCCGUCUGUCUUCAAGGCUCGUUACGUUGCUAGAGGCUUCAGUCAGCGUGAGGGAGUUGACUUCUUCCAGACCUUCUCCCCUACCCCAAAGAUGACCACUCUUCGGGUGCUGCUGCACGUUGCCGCUCAGCGUGACUACGAGCUUCACUCUCUUGACUUUAGCACAGCCUUCUUACAAGGCAGCCUGCACGAGGAGAUCUGGCUGCGCUACCCAUCUGGCUUCACUGGGUCGUUCCCUCCUGGUACCCAGUGGAGCCUCCGGCGGCCAGUCUACGGUCUCCGCCAGGCGCCUCGUGAGUGGCACGACACACUGAGGACUACACUUGCGGCUCUUGGGUUCGCUCCUUCGACUGCUGACCCGUCAUUGUUUCUGCGCACCGACACUUCGCUGCCGCCAUUCUACAUCCUCGUGUACGUCGAUGACUUGGUCUUUGCCACUGCUCUUACUGAGGCUCUCGCUCUGGUGAAGUCGGAGCUGCAGAAGAAACACACGUGCACUGACCUGGGUGAGCUGCGCAGCUACCUUGGCUUGCAGAUCACCCGGGACAGAGCAUGCCGCACCAUCACACUGACUCAGUCACACAUGGUGCAACAGGUCCUUCAGCGCUUCGGCUUCACCUGGUCCUCCCCACAGCCCACUCCGCUGGCUACAGGUCACUCGCUCUCAGCUCCACCUUCGGACGAGUCCGUAGAGUCGAGUGGUCCUUACGCAGAGCUAGUGGGCUGCCUCAUGUACCUAAUGACCUGCACUCGACCUGACCUCGCAUACCCUCUUGGCCUUUUGGCUCGCUACGUGGCUCCUGGUCGGCACCGAAAGGUGCACAUGGAUGCUGCGAAGAGGGUACUGCGCUACCUGUGCAGUACAUCGGGCAUGGGGCUCGUGCUUGGAGGACGGGGUGAGGUUGUCCUCACUGGACACUCAGACGCGUCUUGGGUUGACGACCAGGCUACGCAGCGGUCGUCACAGGGUUACACCUUCAGCCUUGGCUGUGGCUCUGUUUCUUGGCGGUCUACGCGCUCGUCUUCUGUUCUCAGCUCCAGUUGUGAAGCUGAGAUCUACGCCACAGCCAUGGCUGCACAGGAGUUACGCUGGCUCACCUACCUGCUGACCGACUUGGGAGAGAGGCCUCGUUCUCCUCCAGUUCUGUACGUCGACAACAAGGCCGCCAUUGCCUUGUGUCAGGAGCACAGACUGGAGCACAAAACGAAGCACAUCGCUCUGCGUUACUUCCUAGCUCGAGAGUUGCAGCAGCGUGGUCAGCUUCGUCUUGCUCACGUGGCCACCAGGGCCAACACUGCUGAUAUCUUCACCAAGGCACUUCCGUCUGGUGAUCAUCAGCGCUUUUGUACUUUGUUGGGCCUUGUGCCUACGUUUCCACACUUGCUGUAG